GAUGGCGGAAGGAAUCGAUCGAAAUGUGGACGACAAAAUGGAGUUCUCCACCUCCAAGGAAGUGACGGUGGCACCGACUUUCGAAGCCAUGCACUUGAAGGAGAACUUGCUGCGCGGAAUCUAUGCCUACGGAUACGAGUCGCCUUCAGCUGUGCAGUCGCGCGCAAUCGUGCAAGUCUGCAAAGGUCGCGAUACUAUUGCCCAAGCGCAAUCUGGUACAGGAAAGACCGCGACAUUUUCCAUUUCGAUUCUGCAAGUCAUCGAUACGGCAGUCCGUGAGACACAAGCGCUCGUACUUUCACCCACACGUGAGCUUGCAACACAAAUCCAAUCUGUCGUCAUGGGUCUCGGCGACUACAUGAAUGUCCAGUGUCAUGCCUGCAUUGGCGGUACAAAUGUGGGGGAGGACAUCCGCAAGCUCGACUACGGCCAGCAUGUGGUAUCCGGAACACCAGGUCGUGUAGCGGACAUGAUCCGUCGUCGCAACCUACGAACGCGCAAUAUCAAGAUGCUAGUUCUUGAUGAGGCAGACGAGCUAUUGAACCGGGGAUUUCGUGAACAAAUUUACGACGUCUAUCGCUAUCUGCCACCGGCCACUCAAGUCGUUGUUGUCUCGGCCACCCUUCCAUACGACGUUCUGGAGAUGACAACCAAAUUCAUGACAGACCCUGUCCGCAUUCUUGUUAAGCGUGACGAGUUGACACUCGAAGGCCUGAAACAGUACUUCAUUGCCAUCGAGAAGGAGGAGUGGAAGUUCGACACUCUCUGCGAUCUCUACGAUACGCUCACCAUUACACAGGCGGUAAUCUUCUGUAACACACGCCGAAAGGUGGACUGGCUUACCGACAAAAUGCGCGAGGCAAACUUCACUGUAUCAUCGAUGCAUGGAGAUAUGCCACAAAGGGAACGAGACAGCAUCAUGCAGGACUUCCGCCAGGCCAACUCACGCGUUCUGAUAUCGACCGAUGUGUGGGCCCGUGGUAUUGAUGUCCAGCAGGUCUCCUUGGUCAUCAACUACGAUCUACCGUCGAACCGUGAAAACUACAUUCACAGGAUUGGACGUAGUGGACGAUUUGGACGGAAGGGCGUGGCUAUUAACUUUGUCACCCAAGAGGAUGUCCGCAUUCUGCGCGAUAUCGAAUUGUACUACUCGACCCAGAUCGACGAAAUGCCCAUGAACGUAGCGGACCUGCUUGCGUAAGGGGCUAUGUGGCAAUCAUGACUAUUAUAUGAAAAGACUGCCUACCAGCACUAGCACGGUCGGAAUGAAGCCCUCAAAUGGCAGGAUGCGGUUGCGGGUGAAAAUGAAGAGGUGGAGGAAGGGGCCCUACUGCCAACAAGUAAGUUCAAGUAUAUUCACGAAUGAUUCCCCUACAUCUCGGCUGAUCUUUUAUAUCAGUAAUGACAUAUGGGGAAGACAAGACACCAUACCCCCUUUCCAAACGAGAUACAAUUUGCCUUCCCUUGCAAUUAUUGCAAUUAUGAACCUUGCACGUCGGGAC